AUGUCAGACAAGCGCAUACCUACUCUACGGAAGUACUUGCAGUCUCUUCCAUCUGCGAUCCCAUACCGAGCCGCAGAAGACUCUCAAUAUAAAUUCCACCAAUUUUCCCCGGAUGCCGAAUGGAUCAAAGAGGAAGGCCUUGAUGUUGCUGUAAACCGCGAACUUGAGGCAAUACUGGGCUCACGGUUACCGGGAUAUGUCGAGGUGAAGGAGAGAGGCCCAGGGCUUGAAGCGCUUGCAGAUGUAUUGGAUCGGUACUUGGAGCUAUCCCCGCAAUCCUUCUACCUUGAUAAAUGGCUUGAUGACAUCCUGACAUCCGUAAAGCGUAUAUACGAGCUCAAUGGUGAACCUAUCCCCGACUGUCAAAGCCCGGAAAUACCAGUGGGAAACGAAAAUGGUGGCUCAAGUGCGACAUCUCAAUCUAGCGGCAGGAAAGAGCAAGCAGUGCAAAAGCCAACUCCCGGAACAAAGCGCAAGAAGCAGUCCGAUAGCGCGAAGGCGAGCGGAAAGUCAAAGAAGAAGAAAGACACGGCUAGUAAGCCAGACACACUGAUAAUGACGAGCUUCGAGGACCCGGACUAUGUCACAUCCGAGGAGGACACCGACGAUCGUACGGCAGGGGUGAGACUGCACCCAUUGUUGCCCGCAAUAUCAAAGCCGUGUCGGAAGGUGAACUCCACGGAUCCCGAGAAGAAGCACGCCCGCUGCAUAUGCAGCAGAGAGUGUGGGACGUCGUGGGCAUGGAAGCGCCCAAAGGCCAGGGUACUACUGCAUGCGAUGAACUGUCAGUUUAUGCCCGCAGACUUGCGUUGCCAAGCCACAGAGGCGCUCGCAGCAGACGGCAAAUCAGGGGUCGUUGCAAAGGAAGCAGCGGUGAAGCUAAAUGAACAAGCUGAGGAUAGUCGAGCGAAGCAGCGGGCGGAUGUUACAGCCAACACACAGAAAAUGCUGCCCGAUGUCUUCCAGACUGAAGGGCGAAAACGGCUGAAGACGAACGCGGACCGUGAUCUCGUCAGCAUGCUUGCAUGCUGCGGCCUCUCACCCACACUCGCGGAUGCGCCAGAGUUCAAGAAGUAUUCUGCAACGCUGAAUGCGAUCUAUAAGCCACCCUCUUCGUCAUGGAUAAGGGACUUUCUCUUACCUCAGGCGGCAGCUAAGGUCAAAGUCAUGACAAUCGAGUUACUUCAGGAUCCACGGGAACGUCAUCAAACGUUGACCUUCGAUGGAGGAAAGAAGAAGAAAAGAAGCUUCUUUACGGUGCAUUCAACCACUGCGGAGGGGCGUGCCCUACUGCUGGAGUUAAGUGACGUGUCGGGAUUGAGUCAUACCGCCAACCUGAUCAAGGAGAUAAUCGAGCGUUGGUUGAUUCAGAUCGGUCCUCAUAAUGUAUCCGGCAUUGUCUCUGACAACGCCAGUAAUACGGCCGCCGCUCGGAGACUGAUUAGCGCCGCCUACCCUCAUAUAGUGAAUAUGCAGGAUUGCUGUCAUGAGCUAGAUCUGGCGAUUGAGGAUAUAUGCCGGCUAGAGGAGAUCAAACAGAUCAUUGGACCUCUUCGCGAGAUCCUCGCAUUCAUGAGUCGUUCCGGGUAUGCGACGGAGUUGUUCGAUAAAGCCCGCGUACGACUUGACCUGGGGCGAGGGCUCGAGUUCAUAGGGGAAACGCGAUUUGGCACGGUAUACUGGUCUGCCGAAUCAGUCCGCCGGAAUAUGGAGGCGUUUCGAGCAAUCCUCGAUGAUAAGUCCCUGGGCAUAACACUUGGGAUAACCCUAGAUCCCCUUCUUGAGCGCGGUUCUGUCAAGACGAUACAGUGGGAGUUACAGCUCACCAAACUCAUAGCCAUUCUUGGGCCCUUCUCGAAGGCGAUCAAAUGCUUGGAGCACUCAAGGACCACCGCAGGCGACGUAUUCCUAUUUUGGCUGGCAAUACUCGCACAGCUAAGUCAGCUAUUCGAAAGCAAUGCUGUUGGGUUGGAAACUGCAACAAUUGAAGAGAUUCGUGCGAUCACGAACACACGUUUCGAGAAGAUGAUUACCGGGCAACCGGACAACUUAUACGCUUUGGCGUUUUUCCUUGAUCCGAGGUAUCGGAACGCACCAAUCUUCAAGCACCGAAAUCCUCUUGCAGUGCCAGCAGUAACAAUUAAACGUACCGAGGCAGGCCCUGUCACUCUAUCAGGGUUGUCGGACAAGGAUGUUGUGAAGGAGAUGGGGCUGAGCCUUCUGCGUCUACUGAAGAAAGAAUACGGAGACGGUGUAAACAUGAAGAGUCCUAAGCAAAUAGAGAACCUCAUGCAACUACGCAACCCUGAUCUCGCCGGCAUUAUUCCAGCGCAAGCCAUCAACUCAUUGCGCAAUGAACUUGACAACUACACGAAAGGUCGAGACCCUUUCAAUCGCCGUUUCCGUAGUAAUGAAACGGUCCUGGACUGGUGGAAAGCGGUGCGAAAGGAUGAGCUCGGGCGUGUCCUCGGGGCCCUUGCUGUGAAGAUCUACUCAAUCUCGGUGAACUCCAUGGCUGAUGAGCGCUCCGUGUCAACUGUGACUUGGCUCUCUCAGGGCCAUAGGAGCACUAUGUCUAUCGGGACCCUCAACAACAACAUAGCAAUUCGCCAGUGGGAACGUUGGGACCCAGAGACCAUUGUCCCGCUCCGUAUGCCCACGCCAAAAUGGCGGGAUAUGCAAGCAAUGAUUUUCGCACGUAGGGGUACCGCAAGAGGAAAUGCGGGCACCACAACAAGGCUUCCAGAGCCUGAUCAAGAGCAAGGUGUCAAGAGAGUAAUCGAUGAUGACGUGACAUGGUUGGAUGAACCUACAAGAACUCUCCCGGCAAAAGUGAUGAGAGACAGACUGACAAUCCCGCACACUGGUAAUCUCAAGCUUAAUGACUUGAUUGACUUAGCAUCGCCAUUUCUGCUCGAUGUUCUCUCUGACACUCCACAGGGGCCCUCCGUAGAGGCCGUGGACAGCGAUAGAGAUGCGUCGGAUGAUGCGGUUAUGGAUGACACGCCGUUGGAAUGGGAUAAGUGGUAG